AUUUUGUGUUUCUUUGUUUUGUGACGAGACGAACGACUACUGCAUUUUGAGUACCAUUUGUAAUAGUUGCAUAAUAAUUAACAAUGGCAAAACCCAAAACUGAAGACUCUUCAGCUGAAGAUGCCAAGAAAAUCGUUGAUGAUGCUAAAAAUUUUAUUGAAAAAGCCAUUGCUGACAUCGGAAAAACUUCGGCCACAAAGCAGCUAAUUUUAGGAACUGCGUCAGGAUGGAUUACUGGAUUUAUAACCAUGAAAAUUGGAAAAGUUGCUGCUGUUGGUUUAGGUGGAGGAGUAAUAUUACUGCACAUAGCGAGCCAAAAAGGAUACAUUGAUAUAAAUUGGGAGAAAAUCAACAAAAAAGUUGACAAAAUAAGUGAUAAAAUUGAAAAAGAAACAACAGGAAAAUCUGCAGACUGGUUUGAAAAAGUAUUAUUAUUUGUCAAAGAUAAUUCAUAUUAUUCAGCAGGGUUUACAGGAGGAUUUUUAUUUGGUAUCGCCUCAUCAUGAAUAUUAUAACAUUGGAUUUGAUUAUACAUUAGGUAGAACGAUUUGUGGAUCGCAAAUUGGAUAAAGCUGAAGAUUUGUUAAAGAAAAAAGAAGUUAAAGCUAAACGUUGGUAUCACAACUUCACUGGGGAUGAACACUAUCGCGCUACUGAAACUCAUGUGUUUGUAGCAGCAUUUUUUGCUGGAAUGGCUCUUGGACUCAUUUGCGGAAAAUAAGUUACUAAGUUUAACCAGCUAUACUCGUUUAUACGAACACUAAUUAUUAAGUAGAGAUUUUAUGUUCAUCACAAUUAUUUAAUCACAGAAGAAAAGAAAAAAUUUAAUGUAGGUAUGUUGUCUAACAAUUGGUAAAAAAUUAAAUAAUAUAAGCUUGGUAAUUUCAUCUGUUUUGCACUAUUUAAUACAAAAUGUUCACAAAAUUUUUGGGCUUCAUUACUGCACCUAUUUAGCAUCAUAUCCCAGAUUGAUGUAGAAAAAGUAAAAGUAUUUAUAUUUAGAUAUAAUUGCUCCUGAGUCCUGAAUAUUGUAUAAUAUUUAUUUGUAAUAUAAAUGUAAUCAUAAGA